AUGCCCAGCUCUGCCCUAUUGGAAGCAAGCACCAGCAGCAACAGGAGAGCUGUCACCAAGUUCACUCUCCUUGGCCUGACAGAGAGUGUUGAUCUGCAAUCUAUUGUGUAUGUUGUGUUUUUCUGUGCCUAUGUAGUCACCUUAGGGGGCAACUUGAGCAUCAUCUCUACCAUCUUUGUGGAGCCCAAACUCCACACCCUCAUGUACUACUUCCUGGGGAUCCUGUCUCUGCUGGACAUCGGGUGCAUCACGGUCAUGGUUCCUCCAAUGCUGUUGUGUCUCCUGGCCCACCAGUGCAGAGUUCCCUAUGGUUCCUGCCUUUCAAAGCUCUUCUUUUUCCAACUUUUGGCUGGUGUAGACCGUCACCUCUUGACAGCCAUGGCCUAUGACCGCUAUCUGGCCAUCUGCCAGCCCUUCUCCUACAGCACCCACACGAGCCGUGAGGUACAGGGUGCCCUGGUGGGUACCUGCUGCACUGUCUCCUUCUUCAAUGCUCUGACUCACACAUUGGCUGUGUCUGUGCUAGACUUCUGCUGCCCAAAUGUGAUCACCAACUUCUACUGCGACCUCCCACCUCUGUGCCAGCUCUCCUUCUCCAGUAUCCACCUCAGUGGGCAACUGCUGUUUGUGGGGGCCACUUUCAUGCGAGUGAUCCCCAUGAUCCUCAUCUCAGUGUCCUAUGCCCACAUCGCUGCUGUGGUACUGUGGAUCUGCUCCACUGAGGGGAGGAAGAAGGCCUUCUCCACGUGUGGCUCCCACCUCACUGUGGUUUGCUUUUUUUAUGGAACGGGCUUCUUCAGUUACAUGCGCCUGGGCUCAAUCUCAGCCCUAGAUAAGGACAAAGGGAUUGCAGUCUUUAAUGCAGUCUUUGUUCUCAAUCCCAUGCUGAACCCCAUCAUCUACAGUCUCUGGAACCCCGAUGUAGAGAGCGCCCUGAAGAGGGUGCUGACAGGGAGGAAGGGCUGA